GGUAACAUCUAACUGGGCACCAAAAACGGGUAUCUUCGUCGUCUAAAAAGUUUCGGACUUCAAACUUGUGACUCUUCUUCUCUCUUCCGUCCUUAUGUGACUGGUAAUCAUCCGAAGAAGAGGAGGAGCGAGAAAUAACGAGAAAGAGAGUGAGAGAGAAGGUGUUUAUCUGGGCAGAAGGACAAAGAGUUAGCCUUAGUUGAUUAUUCGGCAAUUCUUUCUGGACUCUAAGUUUCCUUGUUCUCCUGUUUCUAGAUUCAUAGUACGACUCAUUUAGUUGGGUGUUAAAGAUGGAUGCUCUAGAUUCAGUUGUUGAUCCCUUGAGGGACUUUGCUAAAGACAGUGUUCGCCUAGUUAAGAGAUGCCACAAACCUGACCGCAAAGAAUUCACAAAGGUUGCCUUCAGGACUGCAAUUGGGUUUGUCGUCAUGGGAUUUGUUGGUUUCUUUGUGAAGCUUAUAUUCAUCCCUAUCAACAACAUCAUUGUUGGAUCUGUUUAGCCAUUUACAGUUUCAAAUUACAGAAACGUGGCCGGCUUUGAAGAUGCCUAAUGAUGCAAUGCAUGAUUUGAGUAGCGCAUCUACAUGGGUGAUGAGAUGUAUGGAGAUGACGUUGUUGGGUUUCUGAACUAGGUCCCCUCUUCUUAUUCUGAAGCGGUUUUCGGAGUUGGUUUACAUGUUUCUGGGACUUUCGUGUGAGGAUGAUUUGUUCUAUUAUGGGAUUGUUUUUUGGGUACGGUUUGUAUAGAGCCUAGGCUCUAAACAAUUCAAUUAGAGCCUACCUUCAAAUAGUAUAAAAAAAAUGUGGUUUCUAUAUUGGAAAUC